CGCCUCCCCGCCCCGCUUCCCUUGUUUUCGUUCCCCCUGUCACACGAGGCAGUGGCAAACCGAAGUGGGAGGGGAGUAGAGGGAGGAAAGGGGGCGGAAAGAGGACGGAAAGUGAAAGGCACAGAGCGCCUCUCUGUCCCCCGACUGGCUCAGUUCUCGACUGCUCCGGGCUGCCGUGGUAUUGUGGGAUCGCGGCGCGGACCUACAGACGCGGGGAUCCGCAGGGGAGCCCACUCGAGAGCGCCUCCUGUCGACUGCAAGGCCGCCCUGCCAUCCUCGGCACCCCAACUCCUCCCUCCCCCCCAUCGCCUCCUCCUCCUCCAUCCUCCAGUUCAAAAUGGCGACGGCGGUGGCAGCGGCGGCGGCGAUGGCUCCUCCGGGCUGCCCAGGAUCGUGCCCUAACUUCGCCGUAGUCUGCUCCUUCCUGGAGCGCUACGGGCCGCUGCUAGACCUGCCCGAGUUGCCGUUCCCCGAGCUGGAGCGGGUGCUGCAAGCGCCGCCGCCGGACGUCGGCCACGGAGAAGUACCAAAAGAAUUGGUGGAGCUCCAUUUGAAGUUGAUGAGGAAGAUUGGCAAAUCUGUUACAGCAGACAGAUGGGAAAAAUACUUGAUCAAGAUAUGCCAAGAAUUUAAUAGCACCUGGGCCUGGGAGAUGGAGAAGAAGGGCUAUCUUGAAAUGAGUGUUGAAUGCAAACUAGCCCUCUUAAAGUAUCUCUGCGAGUGUCAAUUUGAUGACAAUCUUAAAUUCAAGAAUAUUAUUAAUGAGGAAGAUGCUGACACUAUGCGUCUCCAGCCAAUUGGGCGAGACAAAGAUGGCCUCAUGUAUUGGUAUCAGUUGGAUCAAGAUCACAAUGUCAGAAUGUACAUAGAAGAACAAGAUGAUCAAGAUGGCUCUUCAUGGAAAUGCAUUGUCAGAAAUCGAAACGAGUUGGCUGAGACUCUUGCACUCCUGAAAGCACAAAUUGAUCCUGUACUAUUGAAAAACUCUAGCCAACAGGACAACUCUUCUCGGGAAAGUCCUACCUUAGAGGAUGAGGAGACUAAAAAAGAGGAAGAAACAUCUAAACAAGAGGAACAGAAGGAAACCGAAAAGGCGAAAGAAGAGAGGCCAGUGGAUUCCGUAAACCACUCCACAGCCAGUGUUUUAGAAGACACUACUUUUAAAGUUGAAAAAGAGGAUGAAAAGGAACUUAUAAAACUUCCAGUCAUUGUAAAGCUAGAAAAAUCAUUGCCAGAAAGUGAGGAAAAAAAGAUUAUCAAAGAAGAAAGUGAUUCUUUCAAGGAAAACAUCAAACCUGUUAAAGUUGAAGUGAGGGAAUGUAGAACAGAUCCCAGAGAUAGCAAAAGUAGCAUGGAGAAAGUGGGAACACAAGAACCUGAGAGGCUAGAAUUUGGUGGCAAUGUCAGAUCUUCUCAGGACAUUACAGAAAAAUCUACUGAAGAGACUGAGAAACUUAAAAAUGACCAGCAGGCAAAAAUACCACUUAAAAAGCGAGAAAUUAAACUGAGUGAUGAUUUUGAUAGUACAGUCAAAGGACCUUUGUGUAAAUCUGUUACUCCAACAAAAGAAUUUUUGAAAGAUGAAAUUAAACAAGAGGAAGAGACCUGUAAAAGGAUCUCUACAAUCACAACUUUGAGUCAUGAUGGAAAACAACUGGUAAAUGGAGAAGUUAGUGAUGAAAAGGUAACUCCAAAUCUUAAAACAGAACAAAUAGAGACAAAGUUUUCUGAUACAAAGGAAGACAUCUGUAGCAACCUUUCUAAGGACAGGAGUGUCAUCAUGGAAGGAAAUGGAACUGAGUGCUUAAAUUCUGUCAUAACUAGUACUAAAAUACAUGAUCUCGAGAAGGAAGUGGUUCCUUUAGGGAAAGUUGAAGAUGGUACAGUAUCAGUCUUAGAGACUCACAGUCAGAAAGGGCUGUUAGAGGAACCUGGUCUUUCAGAAAUGGAAACUUCUCUUGAGUCUUCUGAAAUAGCAAAGGCUCUCUCUUUAAAAACUGUUUUAUCUGCCACUGAAUCCUGUACAAUUAAAAUUGAAGAGAAGCCCCCCAAAAGUAAGAAAGAUAACCACCCACAAAUUCUAGAAAGUCUUGAAAAAUUAGAGAAAUCCAAAAAGACAUUUCUUGAUAAGGACACACAAAGAUUGAGUCCAAUACCAGAAGAAGUUCCAAAGAGUACAAUAGAAUCAGAAAAGCCAGGCUCUCCUGGGGCAGUUGAAAAUUCCCCACCAUCUAAAAUGUCUGACCAUUGUGAGAAACUAGCCUCAGCAAAAAAAGGAGUAGAAUGUCAGAGUAUAAAUUCUGUUGUAGGUCUGGAAAAAACAGUCCCAGAAAUUCUAACACAGGAUUCUGAUUCCAUGAAGGUGGAAAUGGAUAAUCUGGACAAUACCCAGAACUCUGGCUUAGGUGAUUCUUCUGAGACAAAGGAUUCUGUACAAAAAAGCAAAUUUAAAUAUAAGUUGGUUCCUGAAGAAGAAACCACUGCCUCAGAAAAUACAGAGAUAACUUCAGAAAGGCAGAAAGAAGGUAUCAAAUUAACAAUUAGGAUAUCUAGUCGGAAGAAGAAACCAGAUUGUCCCCCUCAAAUUCUAGAAGCAGAAAACAAGCAAGAGAAGACAGAAAAAGAAGAGGAGAAAACAAACAUGGGUCGUACUUUAAGGAGGUCUCCGAGAAUAUCCAGACCUACAGCAAAAGCAGCUGAGAUCAGGGAUCAGAAAGCUGAUAAAAAAAGAGGCGAGGGAGAAGAUGAAGUAGAGGAAGAGUCAGCAGCUUUGCAAAAAACAGACAAAAAAGAAAAUUUGAAAAAAACAGAGAAGGAUACAAACUCUAAAGUAAGCAAGGUAAAACCCAAAGGCAAAGUUCGAUGGAGUGGUUCUCGAACACGUGGUAAAUGGAAAUAUUCCAGCAAUGAUGAAAGUGAAGGCUCUGACAGUGAAAAGUCAUCUGCAGCUUCAGAAGAGGAAGAAGAAAAGGAAAGUGAAGAAGCCAUCUUAGCAGAUGAUGAUGAACCAUGCAAAAAAUGUGGCCUUCCAAACCAUCCUGAACUAAUUCUUCUGUGUGAUUCUUGUGACAGUGGAUACCACACCGCCUGCCUCCGCCCUCCUCUGAUGAUCAUCCCUGAUGGAGAAUGGUUUUGCCCCCCAUGUCAACAUAAGCUGCUGUGUGAAAAAUUAGAGGAACAGUUGCAAGAUUUGGAUGUUGCCUUAAAGAAGAAGGAGCGUGCUGAAAGAAGGAAAGAACGCUUGGUAUAUGUGGGUAUAAGUAUUGAAAACAUCAUUCCUCCACAAGAACCAGAUUUUUCUGAAGAUCAAGAAGAAAAGAAAAAAGAUUCAAAGAAAUCCAAACCAAACUUGCUUGAAAGAAGGUCAACAAGAACACGGAAAUGCAUAAGCUACAGAUUUGAUGAGUUUGAUGAAGCAAUUGAUGAAGCUAUAGAAGACGAUAUCAAAGAGGCUGAUGGAGGAGGAGUUGGACGAGGAAAAGACAUCUCUACCAUCACAGGUCACCGUGGGAAAGACAUCUCUACUAUCUUAGAGGAAGAAAGAAAAGAAAAUAAACGACCCCAGAGGGCAGCUGCUGCUCGACGGAAGAAACGCAGGCGUCUAAAUGAUCUGGAUAGUGACAGCAACCUGGAUGAGGAAGAGAGUGAAGAUGAAUUCAAGAUCAGUGAUGGAUCUCAAGAUGAAUUUGUUGUAUCUGAUGAAAACCUAGAUGAAAGUGAAGAAGAUCCACCAUCUAAUGAUGAUAGUGAUACUGAUUUCUGUAGCCGCAGACUAAGGCGACACCCCUCCCGGCCAAUGAGGCAAAGUAGACGUUUGCGCAGAAAGACUCCAAAGAAAAAAUACUCUGAUGACGAUGAAGAGGAGGAAUCUGAGGAAAACAGUAGAGACUCUGAAAGUGACUGUAGCGAUGAUUUUAGUGAUGAUUUUGUAGAAACUCGGCGAAGGAGAUCAAGGAGGAACCAGAAAAGACAAAUUAACUAUAAAGAAGAUUCAGAAAGUGAUGGCUCCCAGAAGAGUUUACGACGUGGCAAAGAAAUAAGGCGAGUUCACAAGCGUAGACUUUCCAGUUCAGAGAGUGAAGAGAGCUAUGCAUCCAAGAACUCUGAAGAUGAUGAGCUAUCUAAAGAAUCAAAGCGGUCAGUUCGAAAGCGAGGCCGAAGCACAGAUGACUAUUCAGAAGCAGAUGAGGAGGAUGAAGAGGAAGGCAAACCAUCCCGAAAACGGCUACAUCGGAUUGAGACAGACGAGGAGAGCUGUGACAAUACUCAUGGAGAUGCAGAUCAGCAUGCCCAUGACAGCCAGCCCAGGGUCUUGCCCUCAGAGCAAGACAGCACCAAGAAGCCCUACCGAAUAGAAAGUGAUGAGGAAGAGGACUUUGAAAAUGUUGGCAAAGUAGGGAGCCCUUUGGACUAUAGCUUAGUGGAUUUACCUUCUACUAAUGGACAGAGUCCUGGCAAAGCCAUUGAGAACUUGAUUGGCAAGCCACCUGAGAAACCUCAGACCCCCAAGGACAACAGCACAGCCAGUGCUAGCUUGGCCUCCAAUGGAACAAGUGGGGGACAGGAGGCAGGGGCACCAGAAGAGGAAGAAGAUGAGCUUUUGAGAGUAACUGACCUUGUUGAUUAUGUCUGUAACAGUGAACAGUUAUAAGACUUUUUUUUUUUUCAUUUUUGUGCUAAUUUAUUCCACGGUAGCUCUCACACCAGCGGGCCAGUUAUUAAAAGCUGUUUAAUUUUUCCUAGAAAACUCCACUACAGAAUGACUUUUUAGAAGAAAAAUUUCAAGUCCUUAAGUCUUUCUGUGAAGUGACCAGUUUUGAACAGUUUUGAAUAAUUGCUGUAAAUUCCUUUUGAUUUUCAUUUUCCAAGUUCAUGGUCCUUGAUAAUUUCAUUCAUGGAAAAAAAAUCUUAUUAUAAUAACAACAAAGAUUUGUAUAUUUUUGACUUUAUAUUUCCUGAGCUCUCCUGACUUUGUGAAAAGGGUGGAUAAGAAUGCAUUCCAAAUCUGUGAGGGCCAAAAAUAGAAUUUAGGGGUGGGAGAAAGCACUUGUGCUCUAGCUUUUCAUAUUAAAUAUAUAUUAUAUUUAAACAGUCAUGGCAUAGAUAAUGAUUAACAGACCAUCUAAAAGCUCAAGUCUGAACUGUUGCCUCCUUGAGAAUUGUAGAUAACAUCAUACAUAAGUCAUUUAGUAAUAUCCUUCGUGAAAUCAACUUGUUUACUAUUGGAGUUACCACAUUUUAAAUAAAGAAGAGACCGUGAACAUACCAUCGUUUAAAAAAAAAAAAAUCAACCUAAGUUUCUGUUAAAGUGGAGUUUCUUGUUAACAAAAUCAUCUGAAAAGCAUUUGAACAGUAAAAUCAAUGAUGAAGCUUUGACAACCAGAUUGUGCUAGCAACAAAGUUUUUAAAAAUAGCUUUAUGGACUGGUAAAAGGUGGCCUUUAUAUACUGUGUCUGAUGGGGAAUUAGUGAAAUAAAUGUGGUCUUUCUUAAGACCUAGAUGGACUAUAAAUAUUGCCAAUAAUAUAACUCUUGUCUUUUGGCCACUUGUGUUUAAAUAUCUGAAGUUCAUUUUGAAGAAAUACAUCUAUAUAUAACAUACAUGAAGAGAUGCUAAGCUGACAAUGGUAUUUUAGCACAUUUGAAGACUGGGAAGAGAUUUUCAGGUGAAUUUUAACUGGUCUAUUCUUGCCCGUAGUAUCUACUUCAAAUUGAAGUCUACAAACAAGCAGUUCCUUUGGGAGGUUUUUAGUUUGAGUUUUAGCGUGUGUGUGUGUGUGUGUGUGUGUGUGUGUGUGUGUGUGUGUGCGCGCGC